AUGAAGCUCACUGCUGUUCUCGUCAUCGCAUCCGCCAUCAGCGUCCACUGCCAAGCCAGCAACUCUACAAGCCGCACCUCAACUAUCACUGCGCCACCUACUGCGCGUCCAACAACCAGUGUCGGGACGACCUCGCGAACAACAUCACGUACAAGCACUACGGUGGUCGCUGCCGGGCCGAACCCCGUUGCCCCUGGACUCGGCCUGGCUGCUCUCAUGGCUCUUGGUGCCUUGGUGUAA